AUGGACUGCGUCGCGAUGUUCACCAGCGGGAAGCCCAAGCGGCUCGCUUUCGUGAGCUCCACCUCGGCCCUCGACAUCGACCACUACGUCCAGACGGACGACCUCGAAGGCAGCCGCGAGGGCCUCGCCACCGGUUACAGGCAAUCCAAGUGGGCCAGCGAGUACAUCGUCCGCGAGGCCGGCAAACGCGGCCUGACCGGCGCCAUCACCCGGCCAGGCUACGUCACAGGCAACCCAGAGUCCAGCAUCUCCGUCACGGACGACUUCCUCGUCUGCCUCUGGAAGGGCUGCCUGCAGGUGGCGGCCGGCCCGGCCCUCGCCAACAUGGCCAACCAGGUGCCCGUCACGCGGGUCAGCCGCAUCGUCGUGGUCUCAGCGCUGCACCCACCGCCGCCGCCAGCGGGCGCGUACGCGAUCGGGGUCGCGCAAGUGACGAGCCACCCGCGCCUCACCAUGGACCAGUGGGCGGGCGCGCUCGAGGCGUACGGAUACGUCGCGCCCCGCGUCCCCUACGCAGAGUGGUCGGCGAGGCUGGCGGCGUAUGUUUCUAACGAUGACGGAGGCGCGGCCGCUGGUAAGCUGCCGCCGUUCCACUUCGUCACGAGCGACUUACCCGCCGGCACGGUGGCGCCUGAGCUCGACGACGCGAACACCGCGGCGGCGCCACGCGCUUACUGCGGACAGACCGAUGUUAGUCACGACCCGAUAACCGAGAGUGCGGUCACGGUGGAGACGAUCGGGAAGCACCUAGCGUACCUCGUCGCUGUGGGGUUCUUGCCGCCACCGCCGGUUAAGGGGAGAGGGAGCUUGGGGUGUCUGAGCUUGGGGCUGAAAGGUUACAGGCGCUGGGGGAGCUUGGAGGCAGGCCUGUGGAGUCGUGAUCGCCUGUAG